CGGGACCUGCUGUACGCCAGUCAGGCGCAGUGUCUCUACGCCCUGGACCACUUGGGCAUCGGAGGCCUGGCCGAGUUCAUCUGCGAGGCCGAGGAGUGGGCAGAGCAACUGGAGACCUGGACGGAUGAGCGGAUCCGGGCGUCGCCGCUCUACGGUCUGCCGAUCAGUCUGAAAGAGUGCGUCUCCGUGGCCGGCUACGACAGCCCCUCGGGCCUGGUCAAGAACGUGGGCAGACCGAAUCGGGCCGACUGUCUCGUGACGCGAUUGUUGAAGGAUCAGGGCGCGAUCCCGUUCAUCUUGACGGCGAUGCCGCCGUCGGGUCUGGCCAUGGACAGCUGCAAUCCGGUCUACGGGCGGGUGACGAAUCCGCACUCGCUGGCGCACACGUCGGGCGGCAGUUCGGGCGGCGAAGGGACGCUGAUCGCGGCCUACGCCUCGCCCUGUGGCCUGGGCACCGACAUCGGUGGCAGCAUCAGAAUCCCGGCCGCCUUCUGCGGCGUCGCCGGACUGGCACCGUCGCAGAAUCGCAUCAGCAACAAAGGCAUGAACACCCUGACUCGGUACCAUGUCUUGCACAUGCGCAUCUCCAUCGGCCCGAUGGCUCGCCACGUCGACGAUCUCGUCUUGUUGAUGCGCGCCCUCCUCACCGCCGACAUGUUCGGUCUGGACCCCUCGGUGGUACCGAUUCCCUUCAACGAGUCGCUCUACGCACCAGCCGUACCGCUGGCGCACCAACUCACCAUCGGCCAUUACGGCUGCUUCGAGAACACGCAUUGUGUGAAGUCGGUGCCCGCAAUCCGACGCACUGUCGACCUGGCCAGACGGAUUCUGGAGGCGCGAGGCCAUCGGCUGGUAGAGUUUCAUCUGCCCAGUCCCGAGGAGGCCUAUCGCCUCGGUGUGCUCGCCAUCUGUCUGGACGGCGGACAGGCAGCCAUGGACGAGCUGCACGGAGAGCCGAAUAGCACCAAUGAUCUGGCCAGCUACCUGGUGCUCCGGUUGCCAAGGCCGGCCAAACUCCUUUUCGCCCGAGUGCUGGGAUGGCACUUUGGUCUGCCGGUGCGUCAGGCCAUCUCGGGCACCUUCGGUUUGGCGAGUCUGCACGAGCUGUUUCAGUACACCCGACAGGUCGAGGCCUACCGCGAACGGGUCUGGCAGACUUGGGUGGGCGUCCACGAUCGGCCCUUGGACGCGUUGAUCUGCCCGGUAAUGCCGAUCGUGGCGCCUAGGCUGGACGAGGACACAGUGUACACUCUGCCCGCCAUCGGGUAUACAAUGGCCUACAACAUACUCGGCUGGCCGGCGGGAAGUCUGCCCGUCUCCCGGGUCUGUGUGGAGGACCUCGAGGCGACCAGUGCCGAGGCCUCACGAUUGCGCCGGCUCGGCGACAAGUUCAACGCCCGAGUCCACGAGGGCCAGGCGGACUCGUUGAACUUGCCGAUCGGAGUUCAGAUUGUGGCGCCUCCAUUUCGCGACGAAGUUGUGCUGCGAGUCAUGAAGGAGCUGGAAGAGGAUGCCCAGUUUUGGCAGUCAAAAUGA